AUGAAUGACAUGUCUAAUCGGAUGGUUCGGUCAGUGGCUCAAGGGACACGCUGUCCUCUUCUUUUAGUGGCGGAUUCUAAGUUUUUUGCACGUGUAGGCAAAAGCAAUAUUCAUAUCACUGCUAACUUCAUGGUUGUUAAGUAAACUUAGUGGUAGAUGAGUCUGAUCGCAAGAGUCAAUCAAAUAUUUAUAUCCACCGACUGGCCGGGCGGACAGAAAUAUGGGCUAGAAAUAUCUUCUAUAAUUAGAGAAUUGGGACACAGUUUUGGGGCUAAUCACGACCCUGAUCCGAGUGAAGAGUGUUCUCCUUUAUCUGCACGCGGGGGAGCAUUCAUUAUGUCGGCCACUUCCCAUAUGGGAUUUGAUGUUAAUAAUUGGGUUGUUUUUUCUGACUAA